AUGUAUACUUUUGUAUGUAAAUAUUUGUAUGUCAAAGUAGCAAGUUCUUUUUUCUUCAAUCUAUUUUAUCAUUUUGAUUUCUUGUGGAUGUUGAAUUUCAUUUGUAUAUGUAAUUAAUUUAAGCAUAUGUUAUAUGAUAAUAUAAGAUAAAUUUGAUUUUAUAUUGAAAGAAUCUUUUUUUAUAUACUAUGCAAGUGAUUAGGCUUCUUUGAAUUUGCUUAUACGCUGGUCCUUGAAAGAAUCUUUUGCACAUCACAAAGUAUACUGUUGUGCAUCUUUGUAGAUAUGACAACGGUAUUGAUUUUCAGUCUAACAAUAAGUUAGUUAUGGUCUUGUUCACCUGAUACUCAAAAUGUGGCAGGACAGUGAAGUCAGAUUUGAUAUUUCUCACUCUAAUAUGCAGCUGCAACCUGGGGAAGUGACCGUUGACAAACUUGACAUGAUAGAAGAUACAAAAGGCAAUGCUGGAGAUUUAGGAAAAUUAAUUGUCACAAAUUUGAGAAUUAUAUGGCAUUCUUUAUCUUUGCCACGAAUCAACUUAAGUAUAGGCUACAAUACUUUUGUGACAGUAAACACAAAAAUUCUUCAUACGAUUCAUGGUGGAUAUAUGCAAGCUCUUCAUAUAUUAACUUCAUUUCGAAACUGUCGAUAUGAAUUUAUAUUUACGAAUCAUGAUAUCAAAAGUACGAGACAUUACACAUCUGUCAUAGGUGUUUAUAGAGCUUAUGUGUCGUCGAAAGUUUACAGAGAAAUUAAAUUGAGAAGUGGUAUUAUACGUGAAAAUCGGUUGGUUUUGUUACCUCAAGAAAAAGUACAUUCUUCCAUACAAGAUGUUUGGAAUUUAUCUGUUGAACAGGGAAAUAUCGGAACUUUUAUUAUAACAAAUAUACGUUUGGUAUGGUAUGCAGAUGUAAAUCAUCAAUUUAAUGUGUCGAUACCUUAUCUUACAAUUGGAAAUAUUACUAUUAGGACUUCGAAAUUUGGACCGACUUUAGUAAUUUUAAGUACAGAAGCUAGUGGUGGAUAUGUUUUAGGUUUUCGUGUCAAUCCCUUGCAGCAGCUUCACAUUAUUCACAAAGAAGUAUCUAUACUUCGUUCAGAAUACGAAAAGUUUCCUAUUUUUGGUGUGGAAUACAUAUUUGAACAUCAGGCAUCUUCACAAGAGGAGAACAUUAAUAUAGAACAUUUCACCGAGAUACAAGAUAAUCAACCUGAAAUAUCAAAUGUAUUUGGUUAUUAUUUUUCUGAAGGAAAUACAGGUCAGAGAAAACCCAACUUCGCAAUUCAUUUAGGACUCGCUGCAGAAGAGCCCAGAGAAAGCAGUACAUUACAGAAUUUAUGGGAACUUAUACCAUCAUCUGUUAAUUAAUUUUAAAAUUAUUUUUAGUUUAAUAGUUUUUAAAGUUUUAAAUUUUAUUUAUCCAUAUUAAUGCGACAAGAAGAUAAAAGCAACUCAUUUUAUACAAAGAUACACACACAUAUACACAUUCGCACUCAUACCUAUACCAUAUACAUAAUAUAU